GCAGUGCACCGUACAGAAUCAAAACAGCAGCAGCCGCUACAUUACGCUCGUAGCAACGAUGUAAAUAACUCGAGCUGCUAUGACAUCAAAAUGGUGUUACAUCUUUCUUUCCAACAAAGUAAUAAAAAGAAAAAAAACACACACACACUAAGAGAUGUAUAAUAGAAGAAGUGAUUUAAAACAGAAACUGCUGUUGCAUAUAUGAAGUGGAAAAGGAAAAAAAAAAAAAUUGUUUAUAUUUUAACCAAGAAAUUAGCCAUAGCUACAGGUUGGAUUUGCCGUCCCCUUUCCUUCAGACAAAAAAAAAAAGUUAUUAUUUUAUAUUGGAAAAGAUAGUCUCACUUUCUCCCAACUUGUGAUGAAGUCGAAUGAAAAAAAUAAUUCUCAGAUGAAUCCUAGUUGCUGUUGCUACGAUGGCGUUAGCCGUUGGCGACAGCUUCUUUGGUACACCUUGCACGGUUACAUCUUCUGGUGCUUAUUUCUAGCACUGGCACCAAUGAUUUGGUUUUAUCCUCUCAACGAACUCAGCAUCACCGGUUAUGAAGCACUGUCAUUAUUGACUUUAACACCAAUCAUCACAGAAUCAGCUUUUAUAUUGAAACUCCUCCAAAAACCACACAUGGUCAUUAUCCUCCGUCUAUUGUCUGUCGUAUCAUUAGCGUCUUUUCAAGCUCCUGAUACUCUUCUCCGUCUUCUGUUCCUCUCUUUGGGGACAUCAUGUGCCUUACUUGUAUUUACAAUCACAUUAUGGAAUCCAAACUAUAAAAUAAGAUUUUUAAUGCUUUGGGGCCUUCUUCUUGGGUUCUUGCUAUUUCUUGUCAGCCGAAUCUGGUUUCUUAGCUUUGUACCUGCAUGGUGGACCCAAACAACUAAUACCAUUAUCAUUUCAAUUGCACUUGUGGUGAAUAUUGAUCACAUCAUUUCAGAUUUAACUGUUGAAAUAAAUUCUGCAAAAACAUCUUUAAACACAAACGGUAACUGUAAAUUAGAUGAGCAGAACAACUUGCCACAUGACAGUGAAACAAAGAACAGCAUACAAGAUGUUUCAGCUGAGAACAAUACCUUAACUGAUGUGCCUAAUAAAACAACGAAAAUUCAAAGUUGCAAAGAAGAAACACAGGAAAAUUCUGAAGUUUCUACUCCAGUCACUAAUGGUUUCACUUCUAAUUCAAAUAAUGUCCACAUUAGUCAAGCUUCCUUCUCGUCAUCAUCUCUACUCAUUGGUAUUGGUUUUGGUAGUCUUAUAUUCUUAACAGGCUGGACAUUUGGUGAAGUGUCUUUGAUAUGUCGGUGGGUCGUUGAGGGUUAUCCACUUCAUGGUCCUUUGCCACAAUUUUGGGGGUGUCCAGUUCUUUUGUUACUUGGAGUGGGUGUCUGCUUGUCCAGGCAGCAUUUUACGAAACACUUUGCCUGGUGGCUUUUGGGUGUAUUGAGUCUUUUUCUACUUUAUUAUUUAAAGACAUGGGUAGCCUAUGCAAGUGGCUUAUUUUUAGCUGUUUUUACACUUUCUAUUUGGCCGCAUAUGGUCAGUCGAGCAAUUCAGUGUCCACCAGGAAGAACUAUGUUUGUGUGUAUGUUAACUUGGAUAAUUGAAACUCUUUUCUUUGUGUGGACUGUUGCCUACAACUUUGUACCCGGUGGUGUGUAUACCCGUGAGCACACGGACUACCUCAUUUCUUUCAUUGCUGUAACUCUACUCUCAGGAUAUUUUACAGGUGCUGGUGCUAAAUACCCUUCUGAUGCCUUUAUUCACAUGGAUUCAAAAAUGUGGAAUGAAAUUAAAAAAGCAAUACUGCUUCUUCUUUGUAUCGGUUUGCUUGGAUUUGGCACCAGGUCCAGUCACUUCGAGCAACCUAAACCAUCAAAAAUAUUCACGGCUGCUAUAUGGACAUUCCACUUUGGCUAUGACAAUUAUGGUUGGCCAAGUAUGGAACGUGCAGAAAAAGUUCUUAGAGAAACUCAUGCUGAUUUUAUUACCUUAUUAGAAAGUGAUGCCUCAAAACCAUUUCUGGGAAAUAAUGAUUUAGGCAUGUGGUUUGGCCAGAAACUUGGAAUGUAUGUUGAUUUUGGCCCAGCUACCAAGAAGCACACUUGGGGAAAUUUAAUUCUUUCCAAGUACCCUAUUGUAAAAUCUGUUCAUCAUCUCCUUCCCUCUCCUGAAGGUGAACUGGCACCUGCUAUUAGUGCCACAGUGAACAUUAGUGGCACCCUGGUUGACUUUGUUGUCACUCACAUGGGUAAUCACCGAGACAAUGAAGACAGAAGGCAGCAAGCCAUUUAUCUUUCUGACAUUCUUAAAUCAAGUCCAAAUCCUGCUGUAUUUCUUGGGUAUGUAACAUCAUACCCAUAUGGCCGAGAUUAUACCCAGUUUAUUGAAGAAGGUCAAAUGAAAGACAUUGACCCAACAGAUCAUGAUCGUUGGUGUCAAUAUAUAAUGUAUAAAAAGCUAGUUCGCCUUGCCUAUGCCCGGAUAUCAAGAGGAGAACUGAGUGACACAGAAAUUCAAAUGGCUAAAUUUAAAAUCCCCAAAAAUCCUUCUUCAAACAAAGAUAACCAUGUAGUCCUUCACAGACAUGAAGAUGUGCCUGAGUAUCAACGUUUCUCAAGAAAAUUUGGUCAUUAUUACCCAGCUGCAGCUCCAUCUGGUCAAAGUGAACAGCUGUACCAAAUGGCAACACCAAAAUAUUUUGUUUGAAAAGUUUUUUUUAAAUCUCCAUUGUAUGGAAAUGGGAGUAUAUUUUUGUGUUUGGGUUAUAUUUUUUAUUAUAAAAUGGAUUAGUGCUCUUUAUUUUUUCAUAAAUUUUAUAUUUUCUUUUCUUUUUUAUUUGACAAACAUUCAAGCUCUAUUAGCAUUUUGCAUUUUUUUUCCCUUUUUUUUUCUGUUAAUUGUUGUGGAGGAACUUUUGAUAUACUCUUUUAAUAUUCACUGGUGAAGCUCAGUUCCUACUGCUAUCAUUUGUGUUCUUUUAUUAUAACUGAUAACAAAAAAAUACAUCCCUAUGAUUUACUCCAAAAGCAUAAUAUGAUGAAAAUAAGAUGUACUUUUAUCAUAAUUAUUUAUAAUGUGAUGUGUUACUUCUACAGAAUAUUUAUUACAUGUAAUUGUUUGAGUGGUGUUCUGAUUAAGCUUUUGUGUUACAGAAAAGAGGGCUAAUUUAUAUGUUUACAGCUCCUAAAGUGAUAAAUGUAAGUGUAGCUUUUUUAUAGCUAUUGGAACUUAUUUCCACCAAAAAGAAAGACAAAGCUUGCCAAAGAUUAUCAUUUUUUUUUUAUAAAGUUAAAAUGUACAUUAAUUGUUUUUGCUGGAUAGCCCUGAUUAGAUUUGUUUCAAAGUAUCUAUAGCAAAGACAUACUACAGGUUUGCUUGAUUGAUGCAUAGGAGUAACUGACAAUUGCAGCACCUCUUGCUAUGCUAGAUAGGUCUGGCAUGUGAAAUUCAGCAUGUGAUUACUACAUUAGCUAUGAUCAUUUUAGCUUUAUCUAUUUUAAAAGUUAUAACUUAAAGUUUGUGAUCCUCAUUUUAAAGACCUCACUGCCCUUGUUGAGGGAGAUUUAACUGAUAUAUUGAGCAAGUUAAACAACUACAUAAAAGCUCCUAUACUGGCUUGAAUAUUUUAAGUUAAACUUAAAAAUGAAUUCAUCAGAGGAGGACCAAACUACAACUAGGGCAUAUAUCGAGCAGAAAUUCUCAAAACCGUAAUCUCAAGACUGUAAAUCCUAGAAAAGUUGUCUUUCAUGAUGCACUCUUGCUUCCUUUUGAAUGUUUGGUUGGAUGAAAGUGUAUCAUUAUGGAAAUGUAAAUAUAUAUAUAUAUAUUAUUAUGGAUCUGAUUUGUAAAGAAAUGGAAAUUGUCAAAGUUGCACAUUCAACUAUAGAACUGAUAUAUUCUUGCCAGGUGAACUCUUUUGGAGUAAUGCUCUCAAAAGAUUUUAAAUGAAAAACUAAAUCUAUUUAAUGUCUUAAAUCAAAAUAUAUUUUUAUAUAUUCAUUAUAUAUAUAUAUAUCAGGUUGGUAUUAAAGCAAGUCUUUUAACUUUUUGAAUGAAAAGGCUUGAUUGGGUUUUAUUUACUCUAGAUAUUCUGAAAACUACACCUUUAUCCUGUUUGUAUCAGGUGUAAUAUAUAUGAUGAGAGUAGAUUUUGAUUAUAAAAUUUUUUUUUUAAAUCUCCUAAAUUUUGUGAAAAUCAAUUUUUAAAUAUAUUUUGGACAAAUUACAAGAAAUAUUUUCAGUGUUAUAACACUAAAAUGAAAAGCAAACAAACAAUAUAACUUAGAUAUCACACACCGGUAAGGAAUAUUCAGUCUUUUACUGAGAAUUGAAACUGGUUAAGUUAGUACUGGCCCUUUAGUCCAAAGAGUCAGUUAUUUGUAUUCUAUCAUCUCCACUAUACAGUGUCCUUGGCCCAGUCUACCUUGCCAUAAAAUAAGUGCCAUGAGAAGGUAUAGUUCACUUUUAUA